CUUCGCUCCCUUUACAUAAUUCACUCAAACUCAAACUCUCUCACUCAUUCCAAAGCAUCAGAAUCCAGAUCCAUCUUUCUUCUCUAUAGUUCCAAUCCACUACGCUUGUAAGUUGUAAUUUCGUUUCUCUUAUGCAAUAAUCUCGAUUUCCAAAUCAUGUAAGGUGCAGAAUGGAUCAAACCUGGUUCGAGACGAGAAUGGGGAGGAGAAUUCCGGUGAGGGCUUGGUUAGGGUUACAAAAAUCUAUAGUAUUACUCGUGGGUGGAAAUCACACCUCCUCCAGGUUUUGCACUCGCUAGAUUUGUUCUUUUUUUAAACUUCGGUUGUUCAAUUUCAAUUUCUACUCUUGAAUCUCUAGAGUUUACAAGUUACAAACGUUUUUAGUCCAAUCUGUUACGAUUGUCAACAAACACUGUUGAAUUGCGAAAUUCUGAAAUGGAUUUCAAGCUUCUGAAAUGGCAGAUCCUACGAGGGACUCUAGCCUGGCGUUUGAUUCUCAGGGCCAUGUUCUUCGUGUUAGCCAUGGUUCUUCUCUCACUCACUCAUAUCACCAACGAGAUUCGAACAAACGAGCCAAUCCUGCUAAAUUUCGAUAAAUGUUCGUUAAACAUCGGUUCAAUCGCGAACACACAACUCAAAUCCUCUGAUAAAGUCUCCAUUCCGUGUGUGGAUGGAAUGAAUCUGACUGUUAGUGUGAUCAAAGAGCUGAUGAACAAGGAAAUGCUAAACAUGGAAGCAAAUUCCUUAUGUGUGGGAGAUGGAGCAGAUUCAGUCGCUUUCACAUUGCGAGAACUCGGAUUCUCCAAUGCACUUGGUGUUCACAGGAACCCUCUUCUAUCCCUUCUACAGAAACAAUUCCAACACAAACUAGACUUCGAUUCCAAUUCUUUCGACUUUGUGUUCUCUAGAACCCUAAACAGGGUCUCCGUUCCAGCUCUUCUUGUACUAGAAAUCGAACGCGUAUUACGCCCUGGUGGUGUUGGCGCCAUGCUCGUAGGCUCCUCCACCUUCCGUAUGCUCAAUUUAGUAAGAUCUGCAACUCCAAUUUCAUUACUCUUAAGAUCUUCCGAGAUUCUUCACGUUUGUGGGAUAGAUCCCUUCACCCUAAUCGUGUUCAAGAAACAAUUAGACAGUGUCACCUUCUUUGAAAACUACAAGCUUCCUUCCGAAUGCCCAUCUAUCUCAAAAAACAAUCCUUUGAUUCAAUACAUCGAGCCUCUUUCUGAUCCAAAUCUUUCAUACUUACCCAAACUCGUAAACAUUUCAUCAAGAAACAGGCUGAUUAACAUCAACAUGGGGGGACACAAAUUCGACCCACAUUACCCAAUCCAUCCCGAUUCUUUCAAUGUUUAUGUGGUUGAUCACGACAUAUCUGCUCUCAUCUCCCAUGUGAAAAAACCUGGUGUCACAUUCGUAUACCACCCGGGUCUUACUGAAGAAGAUAAAACAAUUCCUAGUUUGAUGUCUGCUGAUUAUCUUGAAGCUCCAUUGCAUGAAGAAGAGUUUGAAUUCAUUGACUGGUUUAAAGAAACAGCAAAAGAUGGAGACUUUGUUGUUCUUUCGAUGAAUUCAGAAGUGGCCCAAUUGAAGGUAUUGUUUGAGUUGUUUGAAAGUGGUGCCAUUUGUCAUGUUGAUGAGCUGUUUUUGAGAUGUGAUGAUGGUGUUGAUUGUAGAAGUGGUUAUUGUAAAGACUGUAUGAGUCUUUAUAAUGGUCUGAGAAAUGCUGGUGUGUUUGUUCACCGAAUGUUAGGUGAGUGAAUGGGGUGAGGUAGUAGUUGUGUGGGGUCAAUAAGUCAGAGGUUAAUAAGUACUAUGUUGUAUUGUUGUGAGAACCUCUGUGUGUUUGUGUUUGUGUUUGUGUUUGUGUUUGUGUUUGUGUUUGUAAUGUUUGGAGGACAUGAAUGUGUUUUCAUUUGUGUAAUGGUUUAUGUUUAGAAGUAAUGUGUUUUUCCUUUUA